UCCGGCCGCCUUCCCUUUCCUGGUGGCGGGCCCAGGAGGCCGGCAGGGGCGGCGUGGCCUAUAAAGGGCUCUCGGCGCCCCUCGGGCCCCCCUUUCCGCUGUCGGCCUCGGAAGAGGAGGGUCCGGGCCAAGUAGGAGCCUCAAAGGGGGGAAAAAAGGGGGAGGAAAAAAAAGCCUUAAAAAUAGCAAAAGAAAAAAAAAUUAAUAUAAAUAAAUAAUAAAUAAAUAAAAAUAUUAAUAAAAAAUCGCCAGGAAGGAGGGUCAAUAAGAAAACACUACGAGUAAUAUCCCAAACGAGAGAGGAAAAACCCUCACAAUAAUAAUAAUAAUAAUAAUAAUAAUAAUAAUAAUAAUUAUAUUCGAAGCGGGAAAAGAAAAUACUUAUAAUAAUAAUAAUAAUUGUCAGGAAUAAGAAGAGAAAAUAGUAAGAUGAUAAUUAUUAUUUAAGGGAAAGCAUCGUAAUAAUGAGAAAUAUUCUGAUUUCCCUGCCUUAUUGUUUAUUUUUAGUCUUUUUAAACUUUUAAUUUAAUGUAGUCCUUUCUUUGUGUGUGUUGCCUUUUUUCUUUUCCAUCUUUUUUGUGGGUCCUUUAUUUGCCUUCCCUUUAAUACAGGUUUAUUUAUUCCUAUUUAUAUUUAUAUCCCCAUUCGCUUUUGUCAAUUUAUUUUCCCUUUUCAAAUCCCUUUGCUGUAUUUUCACUUCAUUUUCCCUGCCAUCGUUUUCCUUUCUAUCGCCUCAAGUUAUAAAAGUUUAAACUUUUAAAUAAUACUAUUUCACUACCUGUCAGGCUUUUCUGGAGAAGUAUUUAGAAAUUUAUUUAUUCCUAUUUGCUUGAGUUUUAUCGAGGACAGGAGAAGCUCCCUAAAGGAGAAUAGAAAUUCAUUUCCUUUCCUCUCUUUGUUCAAAAUCCAUUAAUUCUCCUCCAAUCCCUUUACUAUAUUUUUCUUUUCUCUGCUACCGUUUUCCUUUUUAUCACCUCAAAUUCAAUCUUGGUGGGGUUUUUUUAAUUCUAAAUAAGAUUUUAGUAUUGUAAAAAAUCACAUGCCUGCCUGACUUUUUUGGAGAGAAAUACUGUAGUUGCUUUGUCUAUAACAAUCAUUGGAUGACUGUUUGAUCUAUUUUGCACUAAUAAAAUAGAAGAAACUAUAAAUAUAUGUAUGAAGGAAUAUAGGAUUUUACUUUAAAGCUGCAGGGAGGAAUUAGCCUUGAAGCAAAACCUUAAUUUAAAAAGGAAAAAAAAAAAGAUUCCCUCCCCUCAAAAAAAGAUUAUUAUUUUUAUAAAGUGGGAUUGCAUUGUUUAUUUUUCAAAAAGGAUUUUAAAACUGCCUUUGGAAAUAUAUUGAUUUGGGGAAUCUUUCUAAGUCUUCCAUCUAAUCCUCAACUGGCCUUUCUCAAAUAUUUGUGCCAUUAAACAUUUGCACUUUUCCUAUUCAGCUGAAAGGGCUAUUCUCAUAAAUCAGACCUCUCUUUAAAUGUAACUCUGAAAAGUAGGGUUUGUGAAAAGGUAAUUGAUUGGGAGGUGUCUCUUAAGUCUGAGGCCUGCUUUGGGGGAAGAAGGGGAUGAAUGCGGCUGCCAGCAGCUACCCCAUGGCCUCCCUGUAUGUGGGGGACCUGCACCCGGAUGUCACGGAGGCCAUGCUCUAUGAGAAGUUCAGCCCCGCCGGCCCUGUCCUCUCCAUCCGUGUCUGCAGGGACAUGAUCACCCGCCGCUCUUUGGGCUAUGCUUAUGUCAACUUCCAGCAGCCUGCGGAUGCUGAGCGAGCCUUGGACACUAUGAACUUCGAUGUGAUCAAAGGCAAGCCCAUCCGCAUCAUGUGGUCCCAGCGGGACCCUUCUCUGAGGAAGUCAGGCGUAGGGAACGUCUUCAUUAAGAACCUGGACAAAUCCAUCGACAACAAGGCACUUUAUGACACUUUCUCCGCUUUUGGGAAUAUCCUUUCUUGCAAGGUGGUGUGCGAUGAGAACGGCUCUAAGGGCUAUGCCUUUGUGCACUUUGAGACACAGGAUGCUGCCGACCGGGCCAUUGAGAAGAUGAACGGCAUGCUGCUGAACGACCGCAAAGUGUUUGUCGGACGAUUUAAGUCCCGCAAAGAGCGGGAGGCAGAGCUGGGAGCCAAAGCGAAGGAGUUCACCAAUGUCUACAUCAAAAACUUCGGGGACGACAUGGACGACGAGAGGCUGAAGGAACUGUUUGGCAAAUACGGCAAGACCCUCAGUGUCAAAGUCAUGACAGACCCCACUGGAAAGUCCAAAGGCUUUGGCUUUGUGAGUUUCGAAAAGCACGAAGAAGCCAAUAAGGCCGUAGAAGAAAUGAAUGGAAAAGACAUCAAUGGGAAGAUGGUGUUUGUAGGCCGAGCACAGAAGAAAGUGGAGCGCCAGGCUGAGCUGAAGCGCAAAUUUGAGCAGCUCAAGCAGGAGAGGAUCAGCCGGUAUCAGGGAGUUAAUUUGUACAUUAAGAACCUGGAUGAUACAAUUGAUGACGAGAAGCUGAGGAAGGAAUUCUCUCCUUUUGGUUCUAUUACAAGUGCCAAGGUCAUGCUGGAAGAGGGGCGCAGCAAAGGCUUUGGCUUUGUCUGCUUCUCCUCCCCGGAGGAGGCCACCAAGGCCGUGACGGAAAUGAACGGGCGCAUUGUGGGCUCCAAGCCUCUCUAUGUAGCUUUGGCUCAGAGGAAGGAGGAGCGCAAGGCCCACCUCACCAACCAGUAUAUGCAGCGCAUUGCUGGAAUGAGGGCCCUCCCUGCCAACGCCAUCCUCAACCAGUUCCAGCCAGCAGCAGGAGGUUACUUCAUGCCUGCUGUGCCCCAGGCCCAGAGCAGACCUCCUUACUAUGCCCCCAACCAGAUGGCGCAGAUCCGGCCCAAUCCUCGCUGGCAGCAAGGAGGGCGGCCUCAAGGCUUUCAAGGGAUGCCCAACAUGCGCCAAUCCGGACCAAGGCCCAAUUUGCGCCACUUGGCUCCGGCCGGAAAUGCCCAGGCUGGACGGGGUUUGCCUGGUGCCCCUCAAAGGGUUGGUGUCCCUCCCACGGGUCCGAACUUAGCCCCUCGGCCCCCUGCAGCUGCCCAGGUACCCAGGGCUGUCCCCCCCUACAAAUACGCCUCCAACGUCCGCAGCCCCCACCCAGCGGUCCAGCCCUUGCAGGCCCCACAGCCUGCAGUCCAUGUCCAAGGACAGGAGCCCUUGACAGCCUCCAUGUUGGCUGCUGCUCCUCCCCAGGAACAGAAGCAGAUGCUGGGCGAGCGUCUGUUCCCCCUCAUCCAAGCCAUGCACCUCAGUCUGGCAGGAAAGAUCACUGGAAUGCUGCUGGAGAUUGACAACUCUGAGCUGCUGCACAUGCUGGAGUCUCCGGAGUCCCUCCGCUCAAAGGUGGAGGAGGCCGUGGCGGUGUUGCAGGCCCACCAGGCGAAGAAAGAAGCCGCCCAAAAAGUGGGCAUCGUUGCUGCUACCUCUUGAACCGGGAGGCUGGUUGUCAAAAGCCAGAUGUCUCACACCUCAAAGAAACUUUCUGAUAAAGACGUGUAGAAAUGAAUGUGUCUUUUACAUUUCACACCAACAUCACUCACAAUAUUCCACUGCAUGAAAAUCAUCUUAUAUGCCUUAUUUGCACCAAAAAUUCCCCAAAAAUACAUAAACACACACUGGAAAAAAACCCCUUUGGGUCAAAAUAUACCAUGCUUCCGAUUAACUACCUUGCAUUUCCAUGACCAAGACCUUGAAAUGUUUUUUUGGCUUACCAGACAUUUUGUUUGGUUUUAAUGGGAUAAUCCUGUUUGCAAAGCCUGGAGUAGUGUUUGUCAAUAAACAGAAGCAUUUCCUGAAA